AUGGAACAGAUACUUCGUAACCAUGCAAAUAUCGAUGAUGAUGAUGAUGACGACAAAGGCAACAAAAAGAGGAAGAAGAGAGGAAUAUUCCCAAAAUCAGCAACUAAUGUUAUGAAAGCCUGGUUAUUUCAAAACCUUGGACAUCCUUAUCCAUCUGAAGAAAGAAAACGAAUGUUAGCUGAAGAAACCAGUCUAACUAUUUUACAAGUCAAUAAUUGGUUUAUUAACGCAAGGCGUAGAAUUGUACAGCCAAUGAUCGAUGCAUCAAAUCGUACCGGUAAACCACCUGUUAUUAUGAAAUCGCGUCGUCGAAAGCCGUCUGGUCAGUGUCACCCAUCAUUUGGAGCAAUGUCAGCACCGACAUCGUCACAUGUAGGACCAAAUUACGGAAUAGACCAUUUGCAAUCUCCAUUUUAUGAUAUUGGUAGUAUACCAAGUGUACCCUUCAACAUGGGAACAUGUGGCUCUGAUCCUGGCCUCAAUCCCGUGGUUUCUAUGUCCGCUAUGCCCAUUCCUCACGUUAUUCGCGGUCCUACGACUAGUACCUCAGCUGGAUCUCAUUCAUCUUCUCUAUAUCUACAGCAUGGUCAAGCCACACAUCACCCUAUCAUGAUGCCGCCACCGCCACCAGUGCGCGGAGCUGGCGGUCCACAUCAUCAUCCAUUCCUGCAAGGAUCAAAUCAACCGCCUUCAUCUUCAACAAUUUUUCAAUCAGGUGACGUUAUGACACAACAGAUUCUAGAUUUACAUCCUUCCUAA